AUGGCACCCCACGAAGGCCUCAUCCACCCAAAAGAAUAUGACAUCAAAGACAGCAAUGUGGAACUAAUCGGCAGCGACCUUGACCACCGCGUGAAGUACAACUCAGCCCUCACCGAACCCGCCUGGCAAAAUGUCGGUCAGGCACCAGGGCUAACUACCUGGCGGAUCGAAAACUUCCAAGUAAUCCUCUGGCCGAAAGAAAAAACCGGUCAAUUCUACGAUGGCGACAGCUUCAUCGUCCUCCACACCUACAAAGUCGGCGACGACAAGCUCGCACACGAUAUCUUCUUCUGGCUCGGCAGCAAAACAACACAAGAUGAAGCAGGUGUCGCGGCCUACAAGACCGUCGAGUUAGACGAGUUUCUCCACGGUGCUGCAACACAACACCGCGAGGUCCAGCAACACCCCUCGGACGAGUUCCUCGCCUUGUUCCGGAACUACGCGAUCAGGUCCGGUGGUGUGCGCUCGGGUUUCACGCACGUUGAACCUGAGGCAAGGCCGGAUGUGCUGACUUUACUGCGUGUUUUCAAACAUCCCGGUAUUGCGCGCAUUGAUUCGCUUAUUGUUCAUGAGGUCGAGCCGACCUGGCAGAGUCUCGAUGAGAAUGAUGUCUUUGUUUUGGAUAAAGGGGAUAAGAUCUGGGUUUGGCAGGGGAAGAAGUGUAGCCCGAUGGAGAAGGCUAAGGCCGCGCAGGUGGUCAACGACAUGACGCAGGCUAAGCAUGUUGAUGUUGAGGUUCUGUCGCAACUUGAGUCCAGAUCGAAGAUCUUUGUUGACUUGCUCGGUGGGAGGGAUGUCGCUCCUUCUACCUUGGAGGCGCCUAGACCUGGCCGGUUUGCAAAGAGGGAUGGUGAUGAUAGUGCUCGUUCGCGCAAGCUUUUCAGACUCAGCGAUGCUUCUGGGGAGUUGUCGUUUGAUCUUGUUAAGGAUGGGGAGCGGGUUGAUCGGUCUGACUUGGAUGGGAAUGAUGUUUUCCUUUAUGAUGCCGGGAAUAGACUCUGGGUUUGGCAGGGGUCUGAAGCUAGUGCGGGUGAGAAGGCGAUGUGGCUCAGGGUUGCGCAGUUCUAUGUUCGGAAGAUUCAGGAGAGCCAGGAAUCUUCGGAGGCGUAUCUGACGCCGAUUUCGAAGGUCGCGCAAGGCUAUGAAAGCCCGGCGUUCUUAAAGGCUUUGGAGGUUUAA